AUGAACAUCAUCAUGGAUCUAUGGGCUAAUUAUUUGCCAGACGGAACGGCCAAACCCCUUUCUGCUAGUCUCCGCUAUUGCGUAUUGCCAACCCUCCUUUGCCUCCCUCGGUCGUAUCACGCGUAUGGGAUUUGCGCUUUCCAACUGCGCAUCAGCCUUUUCUGCAUGCCGCCUAUUCGGAUCGUCUUGUGUUGUUCCUGCAACAUCCCACUUUUGAUUGUCCGUCUAGCUUAUGGCUUCAAUGGGAAUCCAAGCCGACUUGCGACACCAAUGACGCUAUUUCCCUCCCCUUUGCUUUCUUUCUUUCUCUUCUCCAUCGAAUGUGGCUAUCCACAGUGUCAAAAGAUCCGAGACGGUGAACGGAAGCUAGGAAGUUUGAAAAGUUGCAUAGGGAUCGUCGUCUGGCCGUACCACUUUUCUGAGAUAUUCUUGGGAGUUGGCAGAAUUGGCCGAAUGGUUGUAUCCGUUACUGCACUGUGCCACUCAACGGUCUCGAACAUGGAUACGGGAUAUUACGUACGCGGCCUUGCUUCCGGGUACCUACAUUUUUCUCCUGCGGCACUCCAUUGGCGAUGGCACCUCGCCAGGCUCGCACCUAUUUUCCUUGCUGACUUCCGCUUCGCUCACCACACCCCUGGGCCCCGGUCCUUAGUCGUGGCUGUUAAGUGGGGUUCCUUUUCGAAGUUGUAUGGAUUUUCUGGGAUGACAGGCAUGGCAGCUGUUCCAGUUCCAGCCCGCUCCCGCUUCUUCAAUCCAAUCUUGGUGUUGCUGCGCUGCAGCAGCAGCAGCACAUGCAGCGUCACCGUGCCGGGAUAUUGGAUAGGUGAGACGGCAAAAAGCGAUUCAGCCAACAACCACCACCUGGCUUAA